AAUAAAAAAGAGAGGGAAACAAGCCUGCAUGAGAAGCGGAAUGCUUCAUGAAUUCAAGCCUUAAAGCUUGCAAACAAGUUGGAGAGGGUUGAGAUUUUAACAAAGAAAGAGAUUCCAAACAGGUUGUAGCGUAAAUCUCAAUCCUCAACCCACUUUUUAAUGGCUUUAAAAGCUAGAUAGAGUUUGGUUUUUCCUGUUGAGAUUGAUAAAGAAUUCCAUUUGAAAUCACUCUCGAAAGGGAAACUUAGAUAACCACUUCUUUAUGAUCAAAACAUCUAGUGGUUUGUAACGAGAGCUCACGAUGUGGACACGGCUGAGACGUUCGAUGAAGAUUGUGAAAGCUGGUGGUGACAAAUCCAAAGCGGACCAGCAAAGCUUCAAUGUGAAUGAGGAAUACUUGAGUGUAUUCAGAACAGAAUCAUAUGCAGACUUCUUCACCAAAGCCCAAUUACUUGUCACAGAGGCCACUUCUUCAUCACCGUUAUCCCGCUCGUACACUCAACUCUCACAAACCCUCCUCCAACCAGGCCAAGAAACCAUUGCCCAUGUCCUCGAAUCAGCUGUAUUUUUCAAGAACUCGGAUCUGAAAGACCUCGUACUCGACUACUUCAAUGUCAGUGCUGAAGCUUCCAGGAUCUGUAGCUACCUGCUGCAAAGCAUCAACCAAACGCAAUCCAACCAUCAAUUCAUACAAAAUGCACUGGAAAUCAUUGGCGACUAUUCUCCCGACCAGUUCGAGUCUGUGAUUUCGGAGUUGGAUGCAUUCCGUGUCCUAAACAAUCCGUUCUCGAACGUAAAUGGACGCAAUUUCAAGGUGAUCAAUGAACGUUACUCCUCGAUCUUGCACCACCUAAAAUCAAGGAGAAGGAAGGUGACAAGAAAGAUCAAGGCAAUAAAAUAUUUCAAGCAAGGCUCUCGAAUUUGCCUAACAGUGGCUUGUGGUGCAGUCGCAGUGGUAGCCGUCGUCCUGGCAGUGCACACUCUGGCAGGCCUACUACUGGGGCCCGCGAUAUUCUGCUUCUCACCGCCACAUCUAAAGAAGAAGUUCCUGCCCUUCAGAUCUUUAAGAAGCAGAUUGCUUAAGAAGCAAAAAGAGCAGCUGGAUGUAGCCGCAAAGGGGACGUACAUUUUGAAUAGGGAUUUUGACACGAUGAGUCGACUUGUGACUUGGGUUCACGAUGAGAUCGAGCACAACAAGGCCAUGAUAGAGUUCUGUAUUGAGAGGAGGGAGGAUAAGUAUCCUGUGCAAGAAGUAAUCAAGGAGCUUAGGAAGAGUGAUGAGGGAUUUAGGAAGCAGGUGAAUGAGCUAGAAGAGCAUGUGUACCUUUGUCUUGUGACUAUUAACAGGGCUAGGAUUCAGGUCGUGAAGGAAAUUUCUACUAGUGUAGAUAGAUAGUAGUGAUGUAAAUCUACACUUCAUUCUUUUAAUCUUAUCUAAUUAUAUAUAUGUAUACAUGUGUAUUGUGAGAAAAUAAUAUAAAACAUCGUUUUUUUUUUUUC